GAUGCAUCAUUCAAAUUUGAACUUAAUCCUAAAUCGUUUGAUCUUGGAACACCCAUAGAGAAGUUGCCCUUAGAAAAAUUUACGUCUUUUUUUACACAUGCAUCAGUAUUCAGUUGUAAUCUACAUCGAUUCAUCCAAUUUCUCGUAAAACUAUCCGAUAAAGAGUCUUUAAAAUUAAUUUUGACACCAGAAAAUACCAUUUAUUGGUAUGAACAAGGUGCUAAAGAUACUUGGACAUCAAAAAUCGCCAACAAAUUAGUGGAACAAGCGGUUGAAGAAAAGAUCACAUUUAAGGAACCAGAGUGGAAUUCUGGGCUCAAAAGCACAGAACAAUUUCUUAAUUUGUCAGAAAAUAUUGAACACAUUAAAAGGCAAAAAAAAGAAGAAGACAUGCAUAAUCGUUUUUGGGACAAUAUCAAGAAACUGAAGUCAAAUGACCAAUUCUACGAAAUUACUACCGUAAAUAACAAAACCGAGCUACUAGACCAAACAACUAUUAAUAACUGCCAUGAUGCUAUUUUAGAAACGAAUUUAGUAGACCUCCCUCCUAAUCAUCCUCUUAAAUCAUGGCAUGCCAUUAAAUAUCUAAUUCCUCUACAUACUUAUGUACGAGCUAAGGAAGACUUCGAUGUGCUUUUUAAUUUUAAUUUUAAUUUCGACCCUCCCGAAGGAGUUGAAAGUUGGAUAGAUAAUAUUUGGGAUAAUGAAAUUGAAGAAAUAACACGACCAGAGUUGAAGGGAGUAGAUGAACGUUUUUUUAAGAAUAGUGUCGAGGAACUAUUUAAAUUAAUUGAUAAAUGCCAAAAACAAAAUCUAAAAGAAAUUAAUGAAGCAACUUGGCUGCAGAUGUUAUACCCUCAGAUAGAUGCCGCAGUUGCAGACCUUGCUCAACUAAUCCCACAGAACACCUCCAAUUCACUUUCACAACUUCUCGGGUCAGACGAAUCGAGAAAACCAGAUUAUACUGUUUUUUGUAUCACAAAGUACAAUCCUUCCCUUGAAUUUGCGGCAUUAUUCUUAGAAGGUGCAAAGCCAGUAAAGAAAGACGAAUUAGGAGAUAGAAAGUGUCAGUUAGAUAAAGAACGACUUCAAUCGAUAAUCAAAUUAUAUUUUGAUUACAUUUUAGUUCGCAUUCAAUCUCUCUAUGGGGAAUUUUUAACAAGAGAACUUUCAAAGGAAAUAUUAGCUAUUCCUCUUAUUACAAUGCAGGCAACUGCAAGAGUAACUAUUCCUUAUUAUAAGGGAGUAAAUGCGAAAGAAAGGUCUAUCCAAAAAACUCGAGCCAAAAAUCUUGUCUUUUCAAUGUGGAGAGUGAGAAUGAUUCUUAAGAUAAUUAGAGAUCAUUGGUCUAAAGUCAUCAAAAAAAUUCUUGAGUCAAAAGAAGCAUCACCUGAACAUAAGAUCAGCUUAAUAAAUAAAAAGGCGAGAUAUAUGAGUUUCGAAUUCGGAAAGCAUGUACCUGUUAAAUAA